UCUCUGCGAAUCCAAAAAAAAAAAACAUCUUCUUCUUCUUCUUCUUCUUCUUUUCGCCAUUAACACCUGAAAGAAAUGAGAUAAGAGAGAACAAAACCAAAAAAAAUGGUGGGACUAAGUAUUGUUUUGGAGAUGACUAACAACAACAACACUCUCAACAGUGACGGUGGCUUAAUUAUUAGUCCUAAAGUCGUCAACAAAGCCAACGUUAUCGUCACCACCACCGUGACAACGGACACGACUAAUCUCCGUCGUUGUUAUCAAGAUUCUGGAUUUCUUGAACAUUGUUUUCUCUGUAGAAGAAAACUUCUUCCUGCUAAAGAUAUCUACAUGUAUAAAGGUGAUAGAGCGUUUUGUAGCGUGGAGUGUAGAUCGAAGCAGAUAAUUAUGGACGAAGAAGAAAGUUUGAGAAGAGAGUAUUGUUCGUUAAUGGAUGUUAAGAAGAAGAAAUCUGAAUCUCCGGCGACUGCGCCGUCGCGUUACCGCCGAGAUCCGAGAAACCGAGCAGGCGACACGCUUCAAAAUUCCGGCGAAUUCCGUUUCGAAUCCUCUUUAAAUCUCUCAUUCUACUUCGGUUUUCCCAAGACGAGCAAAAGCAAACAAAUCUCCGACGACGAAGAUACCAGAGUACAGAUGACAGCGAAAAAAAUGAAACUAUUGAAGAAGAAGAGUCGGCGCCGCUCAAAUGUAGUGAAAAAUUCAGAGAAGAGGCAAGUGAAUAGUUCACCGGAGAAGGUAAUCGAGAUUCCGAGUAACCCGCCGGAGCCGGAGAGCACAAGUAUGGGUAUUUGGUUUUCUAUGUUACAGGAGGAAGAAAAAGCUGGCCCUCAAACUUCUACUAAAGAAGCAGAUAUGCCUGACUCUAAAAUUGAUGGACUUGAUUAUGGUGUACCUUCUGACCAGGAGGAACCAAAGAAGGAUGCAGCUGUGGAAGGAAGUGAUGCUCAAAUUCAUGAUCGUGUACACUCCACUAAAUCAGUUCAAACAAAAGUAACUUAUGUGGAGGACCCAGACUAUCCUGAUGGUUGGUCUCCCGAGUGGUCGUCUACUGUGUGGAGGAAUAAGUAUAAUUUCCGAUAUAUUUUGUGGGAUGACAACAUCCUUUGGAUCCGCGAUAGACCGUGUUCACAUGGGAUUCUUAACCUCGUGUACCUAAGCCACGUAUGCGUACACUCGUCGAGUACGACAUGGAAAUGCUCACCAGACUUGCUUGUAACCUGAUAACUCCAAGGUCUCGACAUCUUCAGCGAAUUUCUCAAACUCAGGUAAAUCUUGUAGAAAACGCUCAUCAACCUCAAGCGUCACUAAAGAUUUACACUUAGCCACUUUUUUCCUCCUGGCUGCGAACCACCGCAUAAGGACCUCUUGAAUGAACUCUAUCAUGUAGA